AGAAAGCGUCUUUUCCUCGCCUCUUUCACGCCGUCAGCCCGUGAGCCAAAAUCGCUGGCGCGAUUGACAGCCCGUCCGGCCAGCUCAUCAAUAUUUCAGCCGGUGUGUUGCCGUGGCGACGGCGUUUCACCGCAAAGCGGCGGGCGGACGUCCGACGGGCGGUGCGGAACGCCGCCGGCUGCGCUAAGUCCAGAGAGUUCUGGAGAGUCAACAUGGACGCCAAGCCAAGAGCUCAGAGACUCUCUGGUGGACAUGUACACAGAUAACCCUCAAGUGAACGCGGAACUGCGACGGCGACUUCCUUCACCUGGCCAGCGUCCACUGAGCCCUGUCCACAAUUCCGGUGCGGAAACAUUUGACGGGCUAGUGGUCCUUCAGGUUCCCAGUUCUAGCACCGUUCCCCUUCUAGCCCAAGGAAGGACAUCUUGCCCGGCGUCGUCCAGAACGCCGGCAGGCGUCGCGGACAUGGAGACGGACAGUGGACGCUCUCCACCUGGUCCUGAGACCUGGGAGGGUCCAGGCGAUCCGACACCAGGAGGACUCGAUGUCAGCAGCGGCCGUCGGGACGUCGCCGUUGGUCGUACGGCAUCCUGCGGUCAAGCCCCGCCCGUGUACGUAGAAGACGACAAGGUGUCUCUGUUACUCCGAGAGUUGGAUGCACUGGGAGACGCCAACGAGAAGCUGCUCGACCGGCUGCGCCUGAAGGAGGAGGAGCUACAGAGGAAGGAGGUGGAGCUGAUGGUCAACACAAACGAGGCCAAAGCCUGGGAGAGAUCUUCAGAGUUCUUGGACGAGUUGUUGAGCGCUCGCAAGGACAGAGACGAGGCUAUGAUGUCACGAGUCCUGUUGGCCAAUCAGGAGCGAGAUGAGGCCUUACGACACGUCGCUCGACUGCAGCGGGCCGCCGAGUGGGACUCGACUGACAAGUUGCCACUUGGAGACGGUGACUUGGAAGUGGAGGAACUUGUUCAGCGCGUUUGUGACUCGGCCUCCGCGCAAGAAGUGGCUCGCUUCGGCUCGGCCCUGGUCGAACGCGUACGCUCGGUGAUGCGGCGCCGUCGCGACAUCGCCGCGGAGGAGAUGAAGGCCGUCAUGGACGAGCGAGACGCCUCGCUCGCCGAGUGUCGACGUCUGCGACAGGAAGUCCCGCGGGAGAGCGAGCGGACGGCGAGCGAGGAAGCGCCGAUCCGACUUCGGAGGGAGCGAGACGCGGCGUCGCCUGACGGGAAGCGGCCGGAGGCGGAGCUACAGAUGCCGCGAGCCGAUCGCAGCACCCGGCGGAUCGUGAAGGCUCCGCCCCGUGUUGAUGGGCAGCCCCGGACUCCGCCCCUUCUGGCUCAGCUGCAGCAACUGAGCGAGGACAAGCUUCGUAUGGAGGCGGAGCUUCUGCGCUGCCGGGAGGCGGAGCGAGAUGCCCGCGAGAGAGCGCGCAGGUUGGAGCGUCUGGUGGACGUUUUGAGGAAGAAAGUGGGCGCGGGAAGUCCGCGCGCCGUCGUCUGAUGUGUUGGAGACGCUCGAGCUGACGAUGUCAUCUUUUGUCACCAUCAUCAUCAUCAUGUGACUAAUGUUGUUCAUCAACGUUUUGAUUCCGUCGUAAUAAAACUCUGGGCUGUGAAGAAAAAGAAAAUGGACCCCCACCCCGCCAUUUUUGGUGGUCUCCAUGGCGAUGCUGGCCAGCUCGAGCUCAACUUGGGUGUCCCCACGCUCCUAAUCCCGCCGCACCCCUAAUCUGCUUGUCGACAACAAAGACCACCUUUGUUCACGCGUACUUUGGACGGCCGCCACCCGUGCGUGCGUUUCAAGCCAGAGUUAGGGUUUCAAGGAAAGGUUAAGGUUUCAAACGUGGGUCAGCAUUUUAAAUUAGGCUUUGAAGCCAAGGGUAAGGUUUCAAAAUAGGGUUUCAAGACUAGGUCAAGGGGUUAAAAAAAGGGGAUAAGGUUUCAAAUGAGGCUUCCAAACAACUUUCUAAUUAGAGUUUGGAGUCAAGGUUGAGUUCGAGCAAAGUAAGUUUCCAAACCUCGCUGAGGGUUCCAAAUUAGGCUGUAAAGCGAAGGUCAGGGUUUCAAAAUUGGGGUUCCGGUUGAAAAAAGAGUUAAGGUUUCUAAGCAGAGUUUGUAACCCAGUUUAAGGUUUGAAAUUAGGAUUUGAAGCCUGCGUUACCGUUUCAAAAUAAGGUUUCAAACCUCGGUGAAGCUUUUAAAAACGCGUUUCAAUUUCCAACACGACCAUUUAUGGUUUUAAUUUAAUUCCUUUUUCACACGGAGGUUGAAAAAUAGUAGAAGGUGUUAAAUUACAGUUUCAAGAUAAGGUUAGGGUUUGAACUCAAGCCAGGUUUCGGGCUUCGAACGUUGUUGGGUGAGUUUUCAAUUUGGAUUUCGAGUCAGGGUGAAGAUUUCAAAUUAGGGUUUCAAGCCCGGUGUAGCCUCCCGUCUAUCAAAAGAUGAGAUUUGAACUUCGGGUUUGAAGCCUGCGUUACGGUUUCAAAUGUAUGCGUGCGCGUGUUAUUGCGAAAGGAGGCGCCGGCUCUUUUAUUGUGAAAGGUUUCUUUGCUCUUUUGGGGUUUGUUCACAAUGCUGCGAUUGUUGUCUUAUUGCACGACAUUCAUUCCAGUCCCCAUCAAAGCCCCCCUGGGGACCCCCCCGCCCCCGCCCCUCGGCGGCUCCUUCAAAGUUUGCGUCCAGAAGGUGCACGCGGCCUUUUCUUAAACGACGCCGGGGGCCGCCGCCCGGGCCCCGACGGGACCAUAUGCUCGCUUUUAAGGCCGCCGCCCCCUCAGACAAUCGCCGCAGCCCCCCCCCCCCCCCCCCCCCCCCCCAACCAACCAUCCAUCCAUCCAUUCAUUUAUUAGUCCACACUUCUACCUUUGCUUUCCAUCUGCACCACUUAUUAUUAGGAUUAUGAUUUUUUUUUUUUUUGGAACGAUUAUGAAAACAAUUACAAGUCGACAUCCCAGAAUAUUCUUGCCAACAAAAACUAAUACAAAUAUUGCAUUCCCCCCCCACCUAAAAGACCAUUUCAACAUUUUACAUUUUUGGGGUUCUUUAUUUUUUUUAAUGUUUGACCAAUUGAAUUAAAGUCUAAAUAAACUCCAUAAAUGUUAUCGAGUCCAAUUCAAAGAGAAGUGCGGAUGUGUAAAUAUUUCGUGGUGCUUUCGUUAAAAUGUAGCAUUUUGUAUUAUUUCCACAGAACCGAAAAUAAUUUCAAGUAGCUCAGCACAACUAAUGUAAUGAUGCCAUAUUGUCGUACAUUGUAUUCAUUUAUAUUAUAGUCAAGAAAAUGUGUACUUUAUACAAAUAAAUGUUCUUCAUGGAAUCUUUUUGAGUGCCACCGAAAUGUGUUUGUGUUUGUGUGU